AUGCUAUCGUCGACUCGAGUUAAUUCAACAAAAGAUUCAAUCAGUAUAGAUGAAGAUCCAUAUUCCCGAUUAAAAGAAGCGCCUUGGCUUGUUAGUAUCAGAAUCAAUGGUGUUCAUUACUGCACUGGAGCGAUAGUUAGUAAUAGUUGGGUUGUCACAUCAUCCCAAUGUAUUUUUAAUAUCCGAGAUAUGAUACCAAUGGUUACAAUACAAACUUGUGACCUGAAUCUUUAUAUAGUGACUGAGACUUCUUUACACAGUCCGUACAGCAUAAAUAUAAGGCCGGAAUUGGAAAUCGCAAUGAUUAAAAUACUUGGAAUUUUUCAAUCUGACGGAUCUUGUCCCGUACAACGUAUACAAAUAGAUAAUUCGCAUACAAUGUGA